CAGUUUCAAACAGAUGUGAUGAGUGAUGCGACCGCAAUCCCUGUUGUAUUUCAUAUAUUAUUUCAUUUAUUUUGGUAAUCAAUUUCAACUUUCAAUGGAUAUUACUCUCAUUAUCAGAAUUCAAGUAUUUCUCCUCCGCAUACAGACACGAUUACGGCAUCUAUAUUCAUUCAACUAUAAGUUAAACUGGAAAAGCGGACGCGACGCGACGUAAUCGCCUUAAUUAAAAUUUUUUCACGCGAUAAAUGCGAUGGUAACGACGAUAAAAAGGUCUCGAAACGUCGUAUAACCUUCGCAAAUUCGCGUGCGGUUCGCUACAAUUUCGAAAAACUAGAAAGAAAAAAAAAUAUUACCGCGUUACGUGCAUUAUCCACGAAAUGUUGCAGCUGAUGAAUGCAUGCGAAAUUAUACGACAGAAAAAAUCGUAUCUACGUUACGAUGAAGAGAGUAUUCGACGCUACACGAGUCCUUAUUCUGCGCUUGCGUUCGAAAUUGCUCUUAUUUUGUGUAUAACGAAUACGAAGAAUUUGAAAAUAAUCCAGACGUGCUGUAGUCGUAUUUCGUAAAUUGUGAUAGAAGCAGGUGAUUUUCCAUUUGAACAAGUCUUGCUGGGGAUUUCGUAAUUUACGGACAGGUACAGGACCGUAGGUGAAAAAUGAAGCCAAAGCCAUAGUUGGAUAUUCGCUUCGGAAACAGUUCUUCGAAUUGCGAAGCAUCUCGAGUGAUUAUUUUCGAAUGAUAGUUUAUUUUCGAAGGAAAUAAUUCGCACGAGACAUGGUUUAAGCUUGGAAUUCGGAUCAACGUUCCAGUAGCAUUUCCAUGUAGAAAUAAUGGCUUCCUUACCAGAUAGUCCAGUUGACGAAGAACUCGGCUACGAUUUGAUCGACGGUGCACAACCAGUAUCUAUCCUACGACCGGUCGGAGGCUUAGAUGAUCUCUGCAAACAAACCAAAUUCACACGUCAAGAAAUACGCGUCAUGUAUCGAGGAUUUAAGCAGGAUUGUCCGGAAGGUGUCGUUCAUGAAAAUGCUUUCAAAGAUAUAUACGCUAAAUUUUUUCCACAUGGCAAUUCGACUCAAUACGCCCAUUAUGUGUUCAAAGCAUUCGAUAUUAAUUGUAAUGGAGCUAUUAGUUUUAAGGAUUUAUUAACCACGUUAUCAACAUUAUUAAGAGGUUCUAUUUAUGAAAAACUACGUUGGGCUUUCAAAUUGUAUGAUUUAAACGGCGAUGGUUGUAUAACGAGGUCGGAGCUGGAAAAAAUUGUUUUCUCUGUGCAUGAACUGAUGGGUAAAAAGUGUCAGGGAGUCGGAGACAGAAAAACGAGAAAUCACGUAGAUACGGUCUUCCGGAAAUUAGAUUUGAAUCAAGAUGGAGUUAUUACUUUAGAAGAAUUUAUCGAAUCCUGUUUAAAGGAUGAGCUCAUUAUCAAGUCAAUUCAAGUAUUCGAUUGGAGACUAUGAUCUUCGUGUUCCCCUUCCCGAGAUGCAACGUGGUCAGUGCUGGGCAGCAAUAAAAGCAGCCUUGACAAGGGGAAGGGGAACGUUAAAUUCGACCUUGACAUUGAAUCUCCAUGUGAUGAUGCGUCUUCGUGCACAAGUUACAGUUAUUGUUUGCUACAUUCGUGAUAUUCUUCCAAGCAAAUCGAAUCAGAUUCGGAGUUUGAUUUAUUUGACGGAAACAAAACGCUCAUCGUGUUGUAUUUGUACUUUUAAUUGUAUAUAAAAUAUCGUAGUUUUACAAACGGGUACGUUAAUACUGCUAAGCAGGUUCAGAAUUGCAGCAUGAGGGAGAUUCCUAUUUAAGAUACUUACUAUUGCAUUGUUAGUCAUUGACGUUGAUAUGAUAUGUCAAUUAAUUGUCGUCUGAUGUUCAAUUUUUAUUUGAUACGAAUUUAUGUAUUGUAAUUUUUAUGGCAGUAUUGAUCUAAAAAUGUGUUCUGUUUCGAUGCAAAUACUAAGUUUAAUUAGAGCACUGAAUAUUCAAGUGUAUAUGCAUUCGUAAUUUUUCUCACAGAGAAGAUACCUUGCUCAGCACUUGGUUCCUCCCGUGUUUAGGAGAUGAAAAUUUACGUUUUAGCUCAAUUUAAUCAUUCCCAAAAAUUGCUAGAUGGUGUAUGCCUAUUACUUGUAUAUUUGGUGCUUUAAGUUCAAUGAAUGUAAUUUUUUCGUUUUUUAAGAAUAUAUGUGACGUAACUGGUUACUAAAUGGCGGUCGAAGAGAAAAGAGGAGAGGUAAAUGAACCAAGAAUUUGACAAAAAUUUACCUAUUUUUUGAACAUCAUGUCUUCAAAAUGAAAAAAAAAAACACAAAAUGUACCCACUAGAUGAAAAAAUUAACAUUAAUUAGCGAUUUCAAAUGAUUUAACGUAUCAAUUUUUCGGAAAUAAAAUAAAAAAGGAUAGGUCAAUGUGAAACUUUCCAUUGUAAUUUUUUUUAAAAAUAUAUUCGGAAUCGAUUCAAUUAAUUAUAUGUCAAUGUGAAAAUAAAUAGUCCAAUUAUUCAAUAGCCUGUUAGUAUCUUGAAAAUUAGAAUCAUUCAGAAAUGUUUUUAACAACCAAACUGCAAAUAUUUUCAAAAAAUAUUUAACAAAGCAUUAUUUUUAGUUUUAAAAAAUAUUUGUUUUAAAAAUUGACACAUUAUAUCUACUUACUUAUUCAGAUUUUUUUUAUUCCAAAUUUUUUGAAAAUCAACAAAAUUAAUAGAGCAAUAGGUACUUUUAUUUUCUUGGAAAUGAGCAUUCCUGCAGUGAACAAAAAAAUUGUUAUUUUAACAUUUUUUAAAAUUUUGUUUUGGAAUUUGAUGGUGAAAAUGAGAUAUUGACAUCUUAUAAUUCCCAACAGAAAUGUCCACAAAAUUUUCAAACUCAACUUUCCUCAAGCUAGUUUUCAUGUUACUUAAAUGUUUUCAACGCUGAAAACCGGUGCGAAUUUUUGCAUUUCAAUGUAUUUCUCAUUUCAAAGAUAUUUAUUUAGAAUAAUUUAUUUCAGUGUUUUCUCUAUUUCCAAAAUGAGAAUCGAGCUAACCGACUUUUUUUCAAAAAUAAAAAAAAUUAAAUUUUUUCAAGUUCAUAUUCUAUGUAUUAAACGUGUAAAGGUUGCAGUGAAAGGUGUCGUUUGUUUUCAACUUACAAAAUUUAAAAUACAGAAUAAAACUUUGAAAAAACGUCGUAUUUUACUAUCUAAUUGAAAUUGAAAAUUUGCAAAUAUUAUUUAAAAAAUGUUUUUAAAUCUGAAAAGUGAAAAUCUCAAUGUUUUCAAAAAUUUUCUUCACUUUUAUCAGAAUAACUUCCCAUAUUUUUCGCCCAUUUUUGUCGAAAUUUCAAAAUUUAUAUUAUGAUAAAAUGUAAAAGGUACGUCGAAAUUUUUGUAAAUUUAAAAAUACUAUGCAUUGUGUAUUAUUUGUUAAUAUAUGCAACAUGCUCUUGAAAUAUAAAAAAAAAAUUAAAAAAAAAAGAAAUGUAGAAACUCUGACAUGAGUGACUUUCGGUUUUGAAAACUCAACAUUCCACCUCUUCUCUAUUUCUCCAGUAUGCCAAUUACGUCUAUAAAUUCUUUAAUCUUCAAAAUACACACUCUGUGAAAAUUUAUAAUCCCUAUGGAUAUGAAUUCAGUUGAAAAUAUAUAGGUACGGUUAAAAAAGCUAUACUUCACUUAAAAGUGUUGCUCAUUUUUAUUAUCCAUAUAAUACGCCAAAGAAAUAGAAUAAAAGAAUUAUGAUAGUUGUGGAAACGUCGUUCCUAAUGGUGCUAAGAAAAGAAUUAUUUUUUCAAAGAGCAUUAAAUGCCUGAAGAUCCAUUUCACACGAUGAGUAAUAUUGAUAAAGAAAUGGCUAAGAAAUUGUCUCAGUGAUUGUUUUGUAUAAAAAUUAAUUUAUUAAAUUCACUCCUGUUAAAAACAGGUUAUGUAAUGAUAUACACAUGUGUACGCUAGAUUGCAUAAUAUUUAUGUAUUCACUUUCGGAGCCAGCAAAAAAUGAUCGAUUUGUGAAUAGAUCACAUUUUCGCCCCCUGAAACCCCCUUAAGUAUAUUAAUUUAAUAUUGUAUAAUAAUAAUUUCUAUUUAAAAAAAAAAAUGUAAAUUUUAGAUUUUAAAUUUACCUAUACAGCAAUUUUUUUUGGCUGUGUUUAUACAAUUUUAAUCUGUAUAAGUAACACUCACUAAGAAAUAAUACGUGCUAUUUGAGAA